AUGAAAGAGCAAGAGCAAGAGGAGGAGGAGGAGGAAGAGGAGCCGGUGGUGGUAGAGCAGAUGAAGCCCAGGGGCCGUCCGAGGAGGCAGAGCGUCAACACCGCCAAGCGGACCUACAAGAGAAGAAAGCCGGCCGCCGAAGCCGAGGAGAAGGAAGCCGAGGCCGAAGCCGAAGCCGAGGUCAAGACCGUCGUCGUGAUCGACGACCAAGACGAGGACGGCGUGAAGGUCGAGGACUCUGCGAGCGGCGAGGAGGCGAAAAAGAGGCCGAUGAAGGAAAAGAGGACCCAGCAAGCGAAGAAGGAGACAAUGAAGGUCAAGGAAAGCGAAGAAGAGGAGAAAAAGAAAGAGGCAAAGGAUGAUGAUAAUGAAGAAGAAGAAAACAAAGGGGAAAAGACAAAGAACGAAAACGAAGAAGAGGAAGAAAGCGAAGGGGACGACAUGGAGGCCGAGGCCGAGGCGGCGGUGCGGAGGGUGGAGAUGGAAGGCGUGCGGCGCGUGCUGGCGACCGUCAAGGCGCACCACUACGCCAAGCCCUUUUUGCAGCCGGUGUCGGUCGAGGACGUGCCGGAAUCAUCUACCGCCCCACUGGACUUUACCACCAUCACCAACCGCAUCAAGACAGGGGUGAUUAGUAGCAAGAUCGAGUUCUUGAGGGACAUGUACCUCCUGUUCCAGAAUGCGUUCAUCUUCAACCCCAAGGGGUCGGACAUCUACGUCAUGGCCUCCACUCUCAAGACGCUCACCAAGACCGAAAUGCGGGAAGUGGACAGGGAGGUUGAGGUGGUACGAGAGUCAUUCCCUCCAGCGGCGAGGCCCAAGAAGAAUCCAGUCAGCGCCGCCACCAAGACAGCUACGCGGAGGAACUCACCUGACGAUGCGGCUUCCGGUGGAGCCACAACAGCAGAGCCCAAGAAGGGAGCCAACAAGGAGUCGAAGAAGGCCACCACAGCCGCCCCGCGACUCGCUGAGGCCAACCGCAAGCGCAGGCGCUGA